AUGCCCAAGCUAGAAGACGACCGGAGCAAGAGCAAAGACGGCGAGGAAGCGGCGGUGAUGGAGUGGCAGCUGGAAUCGGGCGUGGUCAGCAAGCUGUACGAUGUCUUCACUGUCGCCGGCCUACGCGUCGACGCCAUCGAGCCCGGCCGCGCGCUCUGCUCCUUCACGGUGCCGCCUCGCCUUACGGAUAAAAGCAAGCGCAUGCACGGAGGGGCCUUGGCAUCUCUGGUGGACCUUGUUGGGUCGGCCGUCUUCUACGCCGGCGGCUCGCCGACGACGGGGGUGUCCCUGGAGAUCACCAUCUCGUACAUAAACGCGGCCCGUGCAAACGAGGAAAUAGAGAUCGAGGGGACGGUUCUGGGCAUCGGCGAGAAGACGGGGUGCGUGGUCGUGGAGGUCAGGAAGAAGAGCACCGGCGAGGUGAUUGUGCAUGGUCGCCACACCAAGUAUCUCGCUCUCGCCAUUUCCAGCAAACUGUGA